AUGUCUCACGGCAAGCAGUUCACGCUCUACAGCCACACCAUGGGCCCCAACGGAUGGAAGGUCGCCAUGGUUCUCGAGGAACUCGGCCUCUCCUUCCACACCAUCUUCCUCGCUUUCGACAAGGGCGAGCACAAGGCGCCCGCAUACACCCAGCACAACCCCAACGGCCGCACUCCAACGCUCAUCGACCACCACAACGGCGACUUCACGAUCUGGGAGUCGGGGGCGAUCAUCCUCUACCUCGCGGACAAGUACGACAAAGAGGGCAGGCUGUCGCCCGCGCAGGACGACGAGCGCGGCCGCUACGCACUCGUCCAGUGGCUCUUCUUCCAGGCGUCCGGCCAAGGCCCCUACUUCGGGCAGCUGGGCUGGUUCCAGCGCCUGCACCCGGAGAAGCUCCCCUCCGCGAUCAAGCGGUACGAGAACGAGGUCGUCCGGGUGUUCGGCGUGCUCGAGAGCGUGCUGUCGAAGCGGGCGUGGCUGCUCGGCGACAAGUGCACGGUCGCGGACAUCUCGUUCGUGAUCUGGAACAUGGGCCCCGUUUCGCGCGGGAUGCUCUCGAACGUCGAGGGGCUGGACGUGCCGACGAAGUUCCCGGCUUUCUACGCAUGGCACCAGAAGCUUAUUGCGCGCGAGGCGGUGAAGAAGAUGCUCGCGCAACAAGUUGUCCCCGGUGCGCCUCCGAAGGCGUAA